GGAAAGGGUUUGCGCUCUUCAGACAGCACGACUCUGUAACCCAUCACGUCAUUAGAAAUCACCUCUACAGACGUAUUUACUCUCUGGAUUACGCGAUUCACCAGCAAAACACGACAUCUUAAAUGAUUUGAGUCCACUGAAGGGUCAUUUCCUGUCAGCAUGGUGCUGCUGUAGUGGAGAGGAACAUCACCACCAGUCACUCACCAUGCUUCAGUUACACACCAGCUGCAGGCCUGCCUGGCUCAUCUGUUCUCUCCUUGGCCUUUCCGUGGUACACACUCAGGCCCAAAAUGUCCUGACUGCACCCGAACAGGUGAGCCUGUCACCCAACAUGACAACGCAGCAAAUAUUCAUAUCAUGGCUGGGAGGCGGCUCUACAAUGUUUGACGUCAUGAUCCUCAGGACGGAACUCAAUGAAAGCGUCUUCUUUGACACGCUGCCUGUGACUGUGAAUCAGUCAACUGGUCGGUACGAGUGGAAUUGGACCUCAGCAGAACCUCUGGAAUGUACCUCAUUGUCUGUCCAAAUUCGCUCAAGAGAAGGGCAGACGACGAGUGAAUGGAGCGACACGCAUAUCCUCCAAGGAGAAGAUCUGCCCACCAAUAGGAAGUUCAAGAUGUACCCAGUGGACAGAGCUGUGCUGGCGGGUGACAGCACCACUUUCUGUUGCAUCGUGGAAGAAGGGCGACACUUUGGUCGCGUAACUUACGGCAACACAGUCGUGAACGCCACCCGGCUCAGUCGGCGAAGUUACGGCUUCACAGUGGCCAACCAGUCGCCACCCAACAGCUCCAGCUCGGGGACCAAUGUCGUCUGCUGGGACAGCGUUGACAAGAAUAAGCUGUCUGGAACCGUGGUCUUUGUUGGAUAUCCUCCUCUGCUCAGUGAUUUUUUUUGUGAGACUCACGAUUUGACGUCAGCCGUGUGCCAGGGGAGGAGAGUGCGAGACACCAGAUUGUACGGCCGUAAGCGGCGAACAGUCUACUCACUAAACGACAGGGAAUGUGCAAAACAAACCAUUUCGGAACAGCUCAUUACUUGUAGCGUGGCGCAGUGGGAGGGCAACUGGACGCUGAAAGCUGUGAAUCCUUUGGGCCAGUACAGCAUGUCGGACUCUGCGGAAAUCUGGCACAGAGUGCGACCAGUGGCACCUCAAAAUAUAAGCACUGUCGUCCAUGCAUGGAAUGCCACCAUGUCCUGGAAGUGGGAAUAUGACAGCUAUACUUCCCUGGCUCUGGUCUGCCAGGUAGAGCUCAGUUCUCAAGACAAUAAAACAAAGCGCACUUUCACAGGCGUCGGCCUGAGAACGGUGAUUCUUCUGGACCUGUAUCCUGAUGAGGAAUACAGUGUUAGAGUACACUGUGGUGCCCAGAAAAAUUUCUGGAAGUGGGGAAACUGGAGUAAACCCUAUUCUUUCAGAACAAAUAUAGAUGUUCCAGCUGCUCUAGAUGUGUGGAUGCACAUCAACAAUGACAACACUGGUCUGAUUCUUUGGAAGCCUCUGACAGCAAGAGAAAGCCGCGGUCAGCUUACAUCUUACGAGGUGACACUCUGGAGCCCAGAGGAGAACCUGCAGCACACUGAAACUCUCCCUCCAGACACCACCAUGCUGCCGAUCAACCUCACCCAAAUAACCGCUUUCAGCAAUGACAACGAGGUCAUGGCAAGUGUCAUCGCCAAAAACGCUGCAGGAGGCUCUCCACCUGAAAGUGUGCCUGUACCUCUACAUCUCACAGAUCAGCAUAAUAUUGCUGUGUCAAGGGUCGUUUAUAUGGACAGUGGUUUCCCCCUGGUCUGGCAGAAUGAUGGCAACACGAGCUGUGGUUAUGUAGUAGAGUGGCAUGACGCUUGCUGCCAGCGAGACUGCCCAGUGGAGUGGCUCAAACUGUCCACGGGAAACACAAAUGUCUCUAUUGAAUCAGCCAACUUCCAGCCGGGUGUGAGGUACAACAUCUCCCUGUUCACCUGCACAUUAGAGCUGCUGCAGCGCUGGCAGGGCUUCACGCAAGAGCUGGUCCCGUCCAGGUCUGUCCCCAAACUAGAAAUCAGUCAGCAGGACUCUGAUGUUAUCUUGACGUGGGGAAGCAUCCCUCUGGUCAGCAGGCGAGGAUACGUCCUGGGUUAUAAUGUUUACAUGAGUAAUGACUCCCAGCUUGUGAAACUAGCCAAUCUAUUGGGACAAGGAAGCAGGAAGCACACAAUUAAAGGUCUCUCGGAGGGCCCCUAUAAAUUCACAGUCAAAGCAUAUACCUCAGCAGGCGAGGACACGGGCGCCACCAUCUCCAUCACAGUGGAGACCCUUGCUGAUUGGCUCAUCCUGGAAAUACUGGCCUCUCUGGGUCUCUCAAUGUUAUUGUUAGCCAUUGUCACUGUUCUUUGCUAUAAGAAACGUAAAUGGGUAAAGACAGCAUUCUAUCCGGACAUCCCUCAGCCUAAACUGAACGAUGACUGGACCAGAACACAAGGACCACUGGAUGUGACGUCAUCUCCCCACAAUAUGAUCCAUGUCGAGGAAAAGCCAGAAUUCAACUCAAUGAAAGAAGUGCUUGUCGGCAUUCCAGAAGAGGACGAGGAGGAAGAGGAGCAGAUGAUACGAGACGAGCCGGUGGACACAGAUGAGCCCACUUCAUUACGCUACUACAACCAGAUGAUUGAUGAACGUCCCAUAAGGCCACGUUUCCCGGACUCCUCUGAUUCUUCUGGGUCUUCACUGGACUCGGGGAACACUGAUGUAACUUACACAGGGAUCCAGACUUCAGCGUCAUCUUUGGUUUUCCCGACGGACCAUCAGUGCGCCUCCGAAGGGCACCAGGUCGAAAUGUCUAUGGGUGGAGAUGGUUACCGCCCUCAGACGCAAACAACAGCAUCAAGCGACGAAGCACUUCUGACGCAUUCUCCCCAUGAGCCCCAAACUGCCAGCUCUGGGGGCUACAAACCCCAGAGCUCCUGGCAUUUGGACUCACCUGUGGAGUCUGGGGAACGGGAAUGCCUGGCACCUAACUUGGGGUCGCCCACCUCUGUGGCUUCCACCCAGUUUCUCCUCCCUGAUGACGAGUCAGAGGAGCACCGAGAGGAGAAACAUCAACAGUCGUCUUCUGCGACAAGCUGGUUCACCAACCUGCUGACCUCCACAAAACCAUGAUAUUCUCCACAAAACCAUGAUAUCCUCUCAUUGGUAGCUGCAACAGGUUGAGCUAACACUUUUACAUUCAUUACCAGUGAAAUGCAGCAAACAAGCUUCACAGGACAAAAUAUAAUUUCCAUUUGGAUGUAGCAGUUUGCACUGUGACCACAGGUAUAUAAUAUGAACACACAGGGCCUGAUCUGCUAAGAUCCAAAUACCACGCGCAAAACAGCUUGUGCAAAUUCUAAAAUUGCAUGUACUAUUAGUGGGCGUGUUGCGUGUGAUCUAGUAAGACUUCGUAUGCGAUUGAAAAGUGGUGCAAACCGUCUUAUUUAAAGGAGGUUUUUGCGCGUACUACAAAGCUUUCACCAUGGAGACACUCAUUUAGUGCACAUUCAUGUUAUCAUGCUACCGGUCGAAUUUUGCUAUGUUAUAAAACAUGUAGCAGACCACUAUGUGCCACAUUUUCCUGGCGUUUUAGAAGCAGUCCUGCUGUGCGAUCUACAAUGAAACGCACUUUUUUAGUGCGCUGAAGGUGCGCUCAUGGGAGAGGCUGGCACUAAAUGCGAGCGUGCACUGGAAUGUUACAGACGCAAGUAGAUUUAUAUGGCAAAAAGUUGUUUUCAUAUAAAUGAAAAAAAACAAAGGUCACUAAAAAAAUGCCAACCAAAACACAUCCAUUAAAUUUGUUUUAAUCAGCCCCUUAAAGCAUACUUGCCAACCCUCCCGAUUUUCCCGGGAGACUCACGAAUUUCAGUUGCCCCUCCCGAAAAUCUCCCGGGGCAACCAUUCUCCGGAAUUUCUCCCGACAACAAUAUUGGGGGCGUGCCUUAAAGGCACUGCCUUUAGCAUCCUCUCUCACCUGAAAAGGAGACUAUUAUAUAUGUCUCCUUUAUCCAUAGGUUUAUCUAUAACCCAUAAAGUAGGCAGGCACGGAGCUAUUUCUCAGCAUGUUUUUAUUCCAGCCGGCACUGACACACAACAUCCGGAUUCCCAUCAUGCAUUGCUUCAAAACUAAGUUUUUUUGAUUGAUUGAAACUUUUAUUAGUAGAUUGCACCGUUCAGUACAUAUUCCGUACAAUUGACCACUAAAUGGUAACACCCGAAUAAGUUUUUCAACUUGUUUAAGUCGGGGUCCACGUAAAUCAAUUCACGGCAAGUAGUAAUGUCCAAAAACAUAACAGACACGAAGCAGAAGAACGAAGAAGAGACAUGGCGAUAACGAGUGAGAAGAGGAAGUACGCUUGCAAGUUCCAAAAUGAUUGGAAAAAAUAAUUUCAGUUCAUCCAGGACAGCUCGAAGGGGAAGGGGUAUGCUGCCCGCAAAUUUUGUAGAUCAGACUUCUCCAUUGAACACGGUGGCCGAACGGAUAUACUCAUUCAUGAACGGAUUAAGAAAUACUUGAAAAUAUAUACACCCCCCGCUACACCCCAACCCCCCACCUCCCAUUGCCCCACCCACCGAAUUCGGAGGUCUCAAGGUUGGCAAGUAUGCCUUAAAGAGGUCGUAUUAUGACUUUUUUCUAGAUUUAAAACACCUCCUUGUGGUCUACAUAACAUUUAGUGGUGGUUCUUUGGUCAAAAUGUAGCACAGAUGAUGUUUUAUAGACCGUCUUAAAGCUCCUUACAGACCGUCUCUUCAGACUGUGCCGUUUUGUGGGUGGUCUUAUUUACGUGCUUCCACUUCGACUGAUUUUCCCCAUGCUCACUUUGUUGUAGUUUUUAGCGCUUCCAUAUUGCUUGUACUGACAGGUAUAAGUUAAAACUAUACCCUACUUUCUAUUGGAAAUGGCAACAGCGGAGGAUGUAUGUACUUGCGCGAGCCAGUCUGCCUCACAACAGGACAGAGAAAAAUAAAUAACUUAUUGACUACAGCGUGGACCACAAUGGCGGAAACACGCAAGGCAGCGGAUGUCACACACUGCUAAAACAUCACAAUAGGAGCAAACGCCAAACAGCUCGUUUGUCGGAAGUAGUAAAGAAAGAAGGCAAUAUUAUUUUAUAAAUAUCCCCGCAAUGCUUCCACAGUUUGAUUUCAAAUUUUCAGGACUUUAGAGAUCCCAAAUAGACCACAGCAGGUACCAAUAGAUAAGAAAAGUUGGUUUUGCAUAAUAGGGCCCUUUUUAGCCAUCCAACAGCUAUAAAAUUAUAAAAUGAUAUUGCUGAAUAGACAAUAAGUCUAAUAUUUUCAUUUUUGAUAAUCCAUAAAUGAUGACAUGCCUACAUACGGCGGAGCUGCAGCGCCUCCUUUCUCACAGCUAUUUCUGCUCAACCGCCAGUGUGCACGCACAUUCAGACAGGCUAAAUAAAGACCGGUCCUGCAGAACAGUUUUAGUCUUGAUAAAUCACAUUGCAUAUGCUAAAUAAUUAUAUUUGCGUUUUCUCCUCCAAGUAUUGUGGCCGUUCUUAUGCUCAGAUCAGCAUAUAUUCUGCAUAUACUGUACAAAUAGACAGACAAGCUAAAUGGAUUGCGCUCCCUAUUUUGCUCACUUAAGCGAUGCAAUCCUCUGCACACAAGCUUACUAGGUCAGUUUUGUGUGCACUAUCAAGUUUGCACGUGUUUUAAUACACGCAAAUCUUUAGUAGAUCAGGCCCAUACUGUAUUUUCUCAUAUAGUGGCCAAGAACAUUUCUUUAUCCAACCCCAGAGUACCAGUCAUCUUUUGGGGUUAAUACAUAAAAUAAUGAUGUUUAAUCAUUUAUCAAUAUUAAAUAUCAUAUAUUUUAUUGAUGGUAGACACUACUCACUUUCUAUCCAAGCCCUAGUUAAUUGCUCUUUAAACUUCACUGUAAAAUUCAGCUUUACAGAUGCCACAACUGCUGUGCAGGCGGUGUGUGUUGUGGUGAAUGUGGCACAAAACGGUAUCAGACAUAAGUAAUCACUGUAAUUUUUUUUGGUGUUAUAAAGUAAGUGUCUAUUCAUAAUGAGGUGUUAAUUUACCCUGACGAUUAACUGAGUCACGGCAUUUGUCAGCAGGGAGGCCACUAUAUGAGGAAAUCUGGUGGCUUUGUGGGCAUUUAGCACUGGCGCAAUGUUGUCUUUCAAUGGUGCAGCUUUUUAGUUUGUAUUUGGUUUUCUGCUACUCUUUGUGAUGUGAAUAAGAAUACGCUAAUGAAACUGAAAGUAAGAGCAUUUCAAAUCAAAAAUAUUUCCAGAUAAACACUACAAAGGAAAGUUUUUAUUUUUAUUUUUUUGUAAUGUCUUGUUUGUUGUCUUUGAGUGGCUCUCCCUGGAUGAGCUAUUGUUGCGAUCCGAUGCACUUUGUAAUGAGUCAUUAUUUUACACGCGAUCAAGAGGUGAUAUAUUUUAUGCUCUGGAAUUGUCUGGAUGAUGAUGACACUGAUGAUAUAAGCUAGAACAUGAACCCAUGUACUGAACAAAUCAUGUUAAUUUGAAAUGUUUACAUUUUUCUUUUAUCUUUAAUCUUUAGUUUCCAUGUACAUAUUUUACAGGCCAGUCAUUUUUUUUUAAAUUCAUGUCACAUGUUCAAUGUUACCUGUUAAUGUACAAUUGUAAAUGCUUCCAUUAGUCACCUUUCCCACACUGCCUUGCCUCUUAAAUGUUCACUGUGGGGGGGGAAGACUGUCCCACAAAGAACAGAACAUACAUUUAUGAAGAUAUAGACACUACCAAUUAUGCAAUCUUUUUUUGGCAUCUCUAUAUUCCCCCCAUAAGGAUCCAGGAAUGUUGUUACACUUUGAUUAUUAUUCAAUUGCAUCAGUGCAGUGGUUCCUAAACUUUUUUCACCAAGUACCACCUCAGAAAACACUUGGCUCUCCAAGUACCAACAUUAAAAUACAGUAGCAUAGUAGGCCUAAAUGUUCAUUAAAACAAGGUAGAGGUUUUGUAUGCAUAUUCAAUAUGUUUGGCAACUGUAACAUUACACACAAUUUGAACAGUAACUCUGUGUUGGAAUAUUUAAUGAAGUGAUUCUUUGGCGUGCCACAGUUUGGGAAUCACUGCAUUAGUGCAUAUAUUUGGAGUUUUUACAUAAUUUUAGAAGUCCUUGUGACUUCAUACUUGUGUUUCUCAGUGCCUUCAGCAGACAAGCUUUAAGUACAACUACUGUGACUACAAAAACGUGGAUGGAACUGGAUGAUGACAAUGCUGGUGGACUUUUCAGGCAGUCCUUUUUUGACUACUGAGACAAUAACCCCCUUCUCCUCCUCUGAGCAAUGCUGUUUUUGUUUUGCAAGAAAUGUUGAUUGACUGGAUUUAAUCCAAAAGAUACAGUGGAUGGUCAAGCCAGUAAGAGAUCUUAUGAAAUAGAGGUUUUUAAAUCUGCUAAGCUAACUUCGCUUAUGGUUAAAGGCAAAAUGAAUAUUUUUUUAGUUCUGACAGUGAAGAGUGCUGCAUACAAUAAUUUUUUCGUCAAAUUUGGGAGGCCUAUGCUGUAUUAUAUUCUUGGAAGGGAGGUCACACUUUUUAAAAAACGUGAAAGACUGGAUAUAUUUUUAAGGAUUUAAACAUGCCCAAACGUUUGUUUUUCCAUUUUUAAAUCCAGGUAGGGUGUGUUUCUAGAGUUUAUGUCCAUUUGUGUUUACAGAUAUCGCUCUGUACGAAACUUUGCUGACACAGGAAAUGAUAUUGUUCAACUAACAGACUUACUGGUGACUUGUCAACUUCCCGAAGAAUCGAAAUGUUUGCAUUGAUGGUUGAAAAUAUUGUGAUCUUGUCUUCCGAUGAUGGUUUAUUUUGGCCGCUAUCACAGCAUUGUGACGUUCAUAUAUCAGGGUAUGCACAGACACACACACACACUCCCUGAUUUGUAAACGCAUGCUGCAAAAACCUUAUCCCUUGUAUUUUUCGAAGCUUUAAAACUAACUAACUAAUGCAGUGCAUGACUAUGACUAAAUGUGCGCCAAUAAAUGCUUUAAAUGCUUACGAUAUUGCAUAGAUUAGUCAUUCUUGUAUCAUAGUCGUCAUUCCUAAUGAACGAGGAUGUGUGUUUCUUCUGAAACAAUGCUUAAUGUUAACACUAAUAACUAACCGAAAUAUUACUGAUGUAAACAAUAAAAACUAAUUUGUGUG